AUGUUAAAAUUUUUGUUCAUUCUGUUUUAUUCUGCGGCUGGAGAAAGUCAAAACUAUUUACUAAACUCCAUUGAAGUAAAUAAUGGUGCGUAUUGCAAAUAUUGUGUUGCUUUUACUAAAAAUGAAGCUGGUGUUAAUAACCAAAAAUUGGGGGCCUUUGUAUUAAAAAAAUAUGAUGAUUGGAAACAUGCAUUGGAAGACUUUAAAAAUCAUUCAAACUUAGAAUAUCACAAAAAAAGUUUACUAGAUGCCGAUAAUUUCUUAAACAUGCUUAAAAAUCCGUCAAGGGCAAUCGAUAAAAUAAUUGAUAACGAAAAAACUAAACAAAUAUUGCAAAAUCGAAAAAACAUUAUUCCAAUAAUUGAAGCAGUUAUAUUGUGUGGCCGUCAAAACUUGGCAUUAAGAGGACACCGUGAUUCAGGAAAAAUUGAAAUCAAUGAUUCAAAAGUUAUAAAUGAUAAGAGCGAAGGUAACUUCAGAGAAAUUAUACGAUAUCGAGCUCAAGGAGAUAUUGAAAUGAAAACCUAUCUGGAAAGCUCGGGAAAAAUGAAAUAUACUAGUCACAGAAGUCAAAAUGAUAUGAUUGAUGCUUGUAACAACAUUUUAUUAAACAAAGUUGUUUCUAGAGUAAAUGCAGCAAAAUGUUUUUCCAUUCUUGCUGAUGAAACGGCGGAUAUUUCAGGAGUGGAACAAGUAUCGCUAUGUGUUAGAUAUAUCAACUCAAACACAUUAAAACUUACUGAAGAAUUUUUACAAUUUGUACCAACUAAUGAUAUGACUGGUAAAGGAAUAGCAAAUUUAAUCCUAGAAAAUCUUCAAAAAUUUGGUAUUAAUACUCAAUAUUUACGUGGGCAAGGAUAUGACGGGGCAGCUGCGAUGGCCGGAAAAUUUAAUGGUGUCCAGGCUCACAUUAACGAAAUUCACCCAAAUGCACUAUAUGUUCAUUGUUCAGCUCACUCGCUAAAUUUAGCUGUUUCUAAAUCCUGUAGUGUACCAGCCAUACGUGAUUGUCUUGGAACAAUAAGUCAAAUUAGAGAUUUUUUUAUUUAUCCAAAGAGGAAAUCAGUUUUAAUUCAAAAAAUAGAAAACUCGUCAGAAACAUCAUCUAAAAAGACGCUAAAAAGAAGUUGCGAGACUCGCUGGAUUGAAAGAUACCAUGCCGUUCAUGACUUUUUGGAACUCUUUGAGUAUGUUGAAGAAGCGUUGGAAGAUAUUUCUGAAUGGAAUGACAAUGAUACAUCUGAAAAAGCAAGACGGUUUAAUCUUAUCAAAAGUUCUACAACAAACAAGUAUAGAUCUCAAAGAAGCUAUGUCAUUGGCACAAAACACAAGACAAGAACUUCAAGAGAUUAG